AUGUUUCACGGCCCUCGGCUCGGGCGGUCCGACCCAGAGACCGAGAAGGCCACUACAGAUCUCGAAAGUAACCAAGAAACUCCAGAGAACAGCACAACAGUCCCGAAUGCCGUUCCCGAUGGAGGUUUACGUGCCUGGGUCCAGGUUCUCUUGAUGCACAUUGUCUUCAUGAAUACCUGGGGAGUCGCAAAUGGUUACGGAGUCUUCCAGGAGUACUAUACAGAACAUCUCGAUGAGUCACAAUCGACCAUUUCUUGGAUCGGGAGUGUUCAAGUAUGCCUGCUCUUUCUAGUCGGCGUUGUCGCUGGUCGUAUCACAGAUGCUGGCUAUUUCCGGAUAGUUUUCACCCUCGGUGUCUUGCUACAGGUGCUUGGGAUUUUUCUUGCGUCCCUCACCUCGAAAUACUGGCAGAUAUUCCUAUCUCAAGCUCUUUGCGUAGGACUGGGAAAUGGAUUUGCCUUUGUACCUUCUUUGACCGUCAUGGCGUCGUACUUUAAGCAGAACCGGGCUUUCGCUGUUGGUUUAGCUGCGGCGGGUGGUGGCACCGGAGGUCUAAUAUACCCCACGCUCAUCGAUAAACUGGUCAACAACGAUAGCAUCGGCGGAUAUCCAUGGACAAUGCGCAUCAUGGGCUUUUUAAUGUUUGCAACAUACAUUCCAUGCGUCAUAUGGUUUGCUCCGAGACUACCACCUCGACGGGGAGGGCAGUUCAUCGACACUGAUGCUUUCAAGGAGCCCCAGUUCAUCUUGUUUGCGCUGAGUCAAUUCACUUCGUUCUGGGGCCUAUACUUUGCCUUUUUCUUUAUGGGGACGUUUGCCCGUGAUAUCAUCGGCAUCGGCCAGCCAAUAAAUUUGGUCAUGGUGCUAAAUGGCUCCGGCAUUGUCGGCCGUAUCCUCCCCAACUUCAUGGCCGACAAGUGGGCCGGCCCUCUUAACAUCCUGAUCCCUCUCAAUCUGUCAGCAGCCAUCUUGAUUUACUGCUGGUCUGCCAUACACACUGAGACUGGCCUAUAUGUCUUUGCUGUUCUCUACGGCAUCGCUGCGGCCGCUUUGCAAGCAUUAUACCCAGCCUUGGCGACGACUAUGACUCCUCACCCGGACAAGACCGGGACGAGGGUAGGGAUGAUAUUCAGCUUUGUCAGUAUUGCCACCUUGACCGGACCCUUUAUCAGUGGGCAGCUGAUCACGAGACAUGAUGGGAACUAUCUCUAUGCCCAAAUGUUUGCCGGGUCCUCGGUGCUGGUGGCGACACUCCUUGCGGUGGCUUUAAGAACAUGCCGAGUGGGGUUGAAAUUAAAAGUAAAAGUGUAA